ACCGUCGAACGACUGCGCGUUCGAAAAUAGAUCGCAAUCACAUGAUAUUUUUUGCCGAUUAAAUUAGGUUACAAAAUCAGCAGUUUGUAUGAACAAUGCAACAAAUAAGUAUUCAUUUUUGUUACAUAAUAUCGUUGAGGAUUUACAACUUCACCUGCGGCUAGCGAUAUUUCAAUAAGCAACAGGGAGAAAGUAGCACAGUUUGUCAAAAAUUGUCGGUCUGCGGAAGGGUGGGGGAAUGACGCGCAAGGGACAAGGGAGGCUCGACCGAGGACUCAACGACGAUCACCAUUCACCGGACUCCGGAGACCGCCAUUUUGCUGUUCUUGUACGCUUGUCGAUCAGAUCAACUGAUCAUCAGAGUGCGUUUGGUUAAGAAUUAACCAUUUUAUUAGUUGUUUGUCAGUGAUUUACCGGUUUCGUCAGCGUUGAUGAUUGGGAUUCCGCGUGACGAUCGACACAAAAUAACGGUGAAAAUCCGAAAUAAUAUGAAACGGAGUUCGAGCCGGGAUACACCACCGCCCCGUGUCAAGCGGUCGAGAUCCUCCAUGGGAAGGUAUGACGACUCGAGCGACGAACGGAUUACUCCGGAGAGGAUUAGACGGCGUAGUAGAGGUGCUCGGAGUCCGAGCCCUCCGAGAGCCUCAUCUCAUGCUAGAUACGUUGAGUCAAGUUCUCACAGGGAUGAGUAUUUGCGGGCACCUCGAGAAAUUCCACCAGAACGCCCAUAUAGUUACAAGGUUCUUUGUGUGAGUUCGAUACAUCCGAAGGCAAGUGAAGAAGUGAUUAAAGAUACUCUCUACCGGGAGUACAAAAAGUUUGGUGACUUCUCGAUAAGAAUCUCGCACGAACUUGACGAAAGAGUCGCCUACGUUUGCUUCAGAAGCUCUGAGGAUGCAAGAGAUGCGAAACAUGCUAAGCCCCGAAUCAUUUUAUAUGAUAAAGUUGCUAUGGUAGAACCUGUUUACGAACGACCGGAAUCUUAUAGAAGACCGAGAUCUAUUACCCCACCUGACUACGAACGAUAUUAUGCCAGAUCACCAGGACCCACUGAAAGACAUAGACCAGUUGAGAGAUAUGAACGAGUUUAUGGACCACCGGUUGGAGUUCCACCUCACAGAGAGCUUAGAAGAGAGACGAUUCCUCCUCCUCAUCAUGAAUUUGUUCGACCACCUCUACAUCAUGGACCCCCGCAUGUUCAUCCUGGUCCACCACAUCAUUAUGGACCUCCCAGGCACAUGAUGAUUCGUCAUCCUGCUCACAGUUUUGAGAGAAUUGAGAACAAAAAGGACAAGUUUCCAAACUAUCUGCAUCAUGUUUCACCCGAAGAUGAUCCAUUGGCUACUAGAACGUUAUUUGCUGGUAAUUUGGAGAUCAAUAUAUCUGAAGAAGAACUGAGACGGAUAUUUAGCAAGUAUGGAAUUGUGGACGACAUUGAUAUCAAAAGGCCACCACCAGGAACAGGAAACGCUUAUGCGUUCGUAAGAUUUCAAACCUUGGACAUGGCACAUAGAUGCAAGGUCGAAUUAUCUGGUCAGUACAUUGGGAAAUUUCAAUGCAAAAUUGGAUAUGGCAAAGCAACUCCAACUACUCGGAUUUGGGUUGGCGGGCUUGGUCCGUGGACUUCGAUUCCACAGUUAGAACGAGAAUUCGAUCGCUUUGGAGCAAUAAAAAAAAUUGAUUACAUCAAAGGUGACAGUAAUGCAUAUAUUCUGUAUGACUCUAUCGAUGCUGCUCAGGCUGCUGUUAAAGAAAUGCGAGGAUUCCCACUUGGUGGUCCAGACCGAAGACUAAGAGUCGAUUUUGCUGAUGUUACUCCAGGGUUUGGAUUUAAACCAAGACCUUAUCCAGAAGACGCAGCAGAAUUCCGACCCAGACCCAUGGAGUACGAAUCUCCUUAUGAUCCCUAUACACCGGAAGCUGAAUUCACUUAUGCUCCACGGGGAUUCAGAGGUCGCGGAAGUGCCCCAUGGCAUGAUAGAAGAGGUGCGGGAAGAGGGGGAUAUCGCGGAGCUACAUAUAUCGAAGGCUAUGUGAAGGAAGAACCCGAAUGGCCGAGUCGACGACCUCCUCCUGAAAUAGAUUAUGAAUCACCAAGAGGUCUAAAGCGAUCUCUGUCUCGCGAACCAGGUGUAGAUCGAUCCAGAUCUCGUUCUCCCAGGCGAAGACCGGUUGAUUCUGAUUCUGAUUCUGAAACUGCUAGAACGGGAAUGUUGUCAACCUCUAGAACGCUUCCAGAAGUUGCGAGAAAGUCUAUAGCUGUCUGGCAGGGAGCAUUGAUACUAAAAAAUUCUUUGUUUCCAGCUAAGUUUCAUCUUACGGAUGGGGAUACUGAAAUUAUAGAUGCGCUAAUGAAGGAUGAGGAUGGGAAACAUAUGCUCAGAAUAACGCAACGUUUGCGUUUAGAUCAGCCUAAGUUAGAUGAUGUCUCUAAACGUAUCCAGACUUCCAGUUCUCACGCGAUAUUUUUAGGGCUUGCAGGAUCUAGCGCCGCCAUCACAAACGAUGAUGCAAAUGUCCAGACUCGGCCGUUGCGGAACUUAGUGUCGUACCUGAAGCAGAAAGAAGCUGCAGGAGUUAUAUCUCUAUUAAAUAAGGAUACGGAAGGAACAGGAGUCUUGUAUGCCUUUCCUCCAUGCGCUUUCUCUACAGAACUCUUGAAAAGAACUUGUCCAAGCCUCAGUGAUGAGGGUUUAAAAGAGGAUCACUUAGUUAUCGUUGUGGUGAAGGGCGGCAGUGCCUAAGUUAUGCUUCUUAAGGUUUAUUCAAGGUAAACGUGCUGAAUAUUACGAUAUUAUAUUUAUAAGUUAAAAAAUUUGGCUGAUUUUUCGAAUUGCUAAUUGAAUAUGGUAGAAAUAUUGUCUUAUAAUUUGUGUACAGUUCAUAAAUAAUUUACAGUGCAUUAAUCAUAUCAGCAUGAGCGACUAUACUGCAUUUUCUUUGAUAUUAUCUAUUUUUGUUUUUAGUACAUCAUUGUUAUACAAUCGUUUUCUUCUAUGAGUACUGACUAUCAAAGUGCAAAUUGUACAGUUUUGUGAUCUGCAAGUCCAAAUUCAGACAAAACAAUUUUCAGAAUCAGCCAAGAUACAUAAUUUGAUGACACAAUGUGUGCGGAACGUUGUACAAGAACGUAGUAACGAAUUACCAGGUCAUAUUAUGUUGAUUCUAAUGUAGAUGACUGCCGGUGUCAGAAUACUUGAAAAUUCUGGUGAUUUUACUGAGUACAUGUACUAAAAAUGAAGAUAAUUUGCCAUUAACAAAUUAUAGAUUUAGCUCCACCAUAUGAGUGUGCUGCUAACAAAAUGGUAAACAGAAUCUUAUAUAGUUCUUCCUCAACAUGGAUCCAUAAGUGAGAGAAUUAAUUUUAUCAUGUAAUAUGAUUUUGGUAACGUUCUCUUUACUAAGUUCGAAUCUGGCUCCUAAAAGUUUCACCAUUAUGACUUGUGGUGUAAUGGUAAAUGAUGAAUGAUAACUGCUUAUUGUAAUUAUGAAAAAGCUAUUGGAUUUAGUAUAUAUAGUUGACACAGGCAUACAAAUAAUUUUAACGUCAAACAGGCACUAUCAUGUACACGGUUCUUUCACAUUUGAGAUGGUACGUAUUUUGAAGUACGUUGAUGUAUUAAGAUUCUCUACCUAUGCAUACGGAAUAUAUAUAUACAUUGACACACAUGUAUAUAUAUAUAUAUAUAUCCUCAUACAUAAAUAUAUUCAAAGAUGAAAUAAAUAUUUACUCGUAGAUAUAAAUAGAAAGUAUGUUUAAGACAAAAAUUUUCAAGUAAUAUGUCUGCAAACUUUGGCAAACCAAAAAAAUGGUUAGAUUUACUUUGCUAUACAUUGUCACAACUCAUUUAUUGCUUUUAUGAUUAUUUUAACUAAUUGUGAAGUGCGAAAGAACUGGUCUCAAAUCUAUAGAUUGUUGUAUAAGAUCAAAAAUUCAGAUUAGAGUUACAUCAGGUAAUAGAAUUUCAAUUUUCAGUUAAUAUUUUGUAUUAAUAUAAUUAGAUGCGUAAUAUUUAAGUGCUUGUGCUAUAAAUUAUCUGUGAAUGAUAUUUAAUUUCGUUAACAUGGACAGUGUUCGAGUGUUGCUCCGUGAUGAAAGGAACAGAAAAAAUCGAUCACAUAAAACUAAAAAUUCUUUGAUUAAUUUCGGUAAAUGUUUUGUAACUUAUUAAGAAAUCUAGUGGAGCUGUACUAAAGGACUGUGUUCUUGGUGGUAUUAAAAAAAAAAUCUUGAAUUGUGUACAGUGAUGUAAAACAGUGCUUGUGUUCUCGCCUCCGAGGGUGAAUUAUUAAAGGUAUGAGAGUAAUCUCCAGGGUAGGUCGAUGCUUCGAGAACCCGGGAGAUGACGAAAAGCCAAGGCACACUCGGAGGCGAAAUAAGGUGCGGUGGUAAAGUGUACCUGGUGUUGCAACAAAAUGAAAUAAGAAAAGAAAAAAGGAAAACAAAUAGAGCCGAUUGCAGACAAAACUGUUGAUUGUGUUUAAUUUCUUAGCUGUAUAGCACAAAAUGCCUAUCUGUCGAGUUGGAAUUGGAAAAUGAGUUUGGUUCGUUAGUGAUUGAAAACUUAACUAGUAGCUGAGUUGUCUCUGUGAUUAUUCAUUCAACUGACUAAAAAUGAAAAUUUUCGAAUCCAUUUUAGAAUAUUAAAUUUUAAAAUGCAGUUCCAAAAAAAAUUUGACAAUAAUUCGGUACUAAAAUAACGCAUGCUAGUGUCUAGAGAGAAACAAUUUUUUUUCAAUUUCUUCUGCAAUUUUUCUUUGGUAUUUUUUCAAUUUAAGUUAAGUGGUCGUGAAGUUGGUGCUGUGGUUCGUAAUUCGAUACUGUUUCCAAUACAUUGAUAUUAUUCCUAAUGCAUUGAGAAAGAAAGGAUGAGAAAAAUGGAAAAAAAUAUCAGUUUUAGUAGAAAAUGAUUAUUCUAGUGUUCUUCAGUGGCUACUCAUGUGCCAGUUUAUUUCAUGUUACAAUUAAUCAUUGCAAAAGAUUGGUUUUAAGCGAAAUUGCGACAAUCCAGAGAUAACUGUGUUAGUGAUUAUGUGGUCUGUGAUAUUUAUCGAUAAUAAUUUAAAGAAGUUUUCAUUUCAAAGAAGAAAGUUUAACAUAGACUGGCUUUCUGAAGAUUGUACUAACUUCAAGGUUUGGAUUGCAAGAAUCCUAGGUGCCAAGUUCUACUAAAAAAAGAAAUACACUUUCCCAAGUUCCCUUUCAGUCAUUUAUGCAUAUACAGUGAAAUGAUAAGCCCACUGUUCAGGAAGUACGCUUUUAUCCCUAUAACAUGUAUAUCAGCAGUAAUGAACAAAGGAGAGAGAAACCAAAGAUUGACACUACUUGUAUAGUUCAUCGUCAUAUCUGCGCAGUUAUUGUUCAAAGAAAAGUUCAGUGAAAUUUAUUUUGAAGUUGAAAAGAUGAAGUCUAAUUAAAAUUUGCAUGCCGCUAUUGCUGCCUCUACCGCAUUAGUGAAAGUGAGUUGUUCGGUGGUUCUUUGGUUCAAUAGCGAAUUUGUGAGGUGUUUUUGCAGAUCAUCCAUUCCUAUGGUCUGUGCUUAGUAUCCAGCUUUGGAUACGUAUUGGUUCAACCAAGUUACAAUCAAUGGUAAGUUUCGUCGGGAGGAAUUCUUUUUGUUUCAGAAACUCUGAUCUAUUGCUGCAAGAACCAAAGAGAAACUUUGGUCCUACUCCCAUCGCAAAUUGCGGAAAAGCAGAGGAUUAUACGUGACUGCUGCUGAUGACACCGAUGUAUUUUUAAUCAUGAAUAAACAAAUAUUUAUAUAA